AUGACCAAAGCUCGAGCUCCCGCUGACCAUGAAAAUGGCUGGUCACUGGAGGUCCUAGGCGGAGCUGGUUGGCUGGGAAGAAACAUUAAAGGAAAUGAUGAUGUCUACGAAAAAUAUAAAAAAGAAGAGGAUUUAAACCAGAAAAAACGUCUACAGCAGCAUCUCCAGAGAGCAUUAAUCAAUAGUCAAGAAUUGGGAGAUGAGAAAAUUCAGAUUGUCACACAGAUGCUCGAGUUGGUGGAAAAUCGAGCAAGACAAAUGGAGUUACAUUCACAGUGUUUCCAAGAUCCUGCAGAGAGUGAAAGAACCUCGGAGAAAGCAAAGAUGAAUUCCAGCCAACUAGAAAGAUCUUCGAGAAGACCCCGAAGACAGAGAACCAGUGAAAGCCGUGAUUUAUGUCACAUGACUAAUGGGAUUGAAGACUGUGAUGAUCAGCCACCCAAAGAAAAGAAAUCCGAAUCAGCCAAGAAAAAGAAACGUUCUAAGGCCAAGCAAGAAAGAGAGGCUUCACCCGUUGAGUUUGCAAUAGAUCCCAAUGAACCUACAUACUGUUUGUGUAACCAAGUGUCUUAUGGAGAAAUGAUAGGAUGUGACAAUGAACAGUGUCCAAUUGAAUGGUUUUAUUAUUUUUGUGUG